AUAUGGCUACAGCAAGAAAUUUUAUUGAUAUUAAUUCAGAAUAAAAGCAACUAGUACCAAAACUUGUAACUGCGAAAGUGAACUCUUUACAAAGAUCGUGAUCGCAAAAAUGAAACCUUUUUGUGCAAAAAUAUGAAAAUCAUGCUUGUUUGAUUGCAAGAAUAUUUAUUUAAAUUCAUUUUCUUUCCUUUUAAACUGUUUACUCAAAAAAAUUGCAUCAAAGUGUUUCCGAUUUUUUUCUGAAAGUAGGACCUCGACUUACAAGCAAUUUUUUCUUGAUUUUCCUCCUAAGCGUAAGGUGGUCGACUUGCAUGUGAAUAUAUACAGUGCCUUUAUGCAUGUAUUUUCAAAAACAGAUUUUGAGUGCGGCCUAACCUCUCUUAUAUACCAUGCCAUUGAUAUGUUUGUAUGUUAUAGAGUGCAAUGUUGAGUGGGGAAGGGAGGGAUUAUGAUGAAGUGUGGUGAUUGGGAGAGGGGUCAAUAACGUUAUAAAAAAGUGACCUCAUUUAUAGACAGCUCCCUAAGUCAAGAAAUACUCAAUGAUAUUUAAAAAAAAAAAGAAAAAAAAAAACCCUGGAGAUGUAUUUUCUCAUGCAUUAAAAAAAAGAAGAAAGCAAUCUAUUUGUCAUAAUUGUAAUGCUACAUCAGUGUUUCUUUUACAGAUGGUUUGGUUUGACUAGCUAUGAUAAUAUUCCAAAGAAAAUUAGAGCUUUGCUGUAAUACACAAGUUAACGAUACUUUGAUUUUUUAAAACAAAUAUGCAUGACAGGCUGAACAUCCUGGUAAAUAACUAUGCUACAAAUGAAGCUUGUGGAAUAAGAGAUGUUUGGGCAAGCAACUUGGAAAAUGAAUUUAUUAGAAUUAGACAGAUAGUUCAAAAAUUUCCAUAUGUAGCUAUGGAUACUGAAUUUCCUGGAGUGGUAGCAAGGCCAAUUGGAGAGUUUCGAAGUACUGGUGAAUAUCAGUAUCAACUUUUACGGUGUAAUGUGGAUUUAUUAAAAAUUAUUCAGCUUGGUUUAACGUUUUUGGAUGCCCACGGAAAUAGACCUACUGACUUUUCAACGUGGCAGUUUAACUUCAAAUUUAAUCUUUCUGAAGAUAUGUUUGCUCAAGACUCUAUUGACCUGCUAACUAAUUCAGGUAUUCAAUUCAAUAAGCAUGUAGAAGAAGGUAUUGAACCUAAUGAAUUUGCUCAACUCUUAAUGACAUCAGGUGUAGUUCUUUCUGAUAGUGUUAAAUGGCUUUCCUUUCAUAGUGGGUAUGAUUUUGGCUACCUCUUAAAACUUUUGACUGACCAGAAUUUGCCUGCAAAUGAAGCUGUAUUUUUUGAUUUAUUACAAUGCUAUUUUCCAACCAUUUAUGAUGUCAAGUAUUUGAUGAAAAGCUGUAAAAAUCUGAAAGGAGGUUUGCAAGAAGUUGCUGAUCAACUUGAGUUGGAAAGAAUUGGGCCACAACAUCAAGCUGGUAGUGACAGUUUGUUAACAGGGAUUGCAUUUUUCAAGAUGCGAGAAAUGUUCUUUGAAGAUAAUAUUGAUGAUGAUAAGUAUUGCGGUCAUUUAUAUGGUCUUGGCAAUUGUUACAUCCCUGGAAACUUUCAAGAUGAUGCGCUGCCUUCCUCAUCAUCAGUUCCUGCUUAAUGUUAAAUAAUUUCAUUGCUACUUUAAGUUAUAAGUAUUAUCAAAAUGUUUUAGUCAAAAGUAUAUUCUGGUUAUUUUUCAAAAGGAUAAAAAUUUUAAUAUUUUACAAAAGAUUUUAAAAUCUAAUUUGUUUUAUUUUAUUUUCCUGAUACAAUUUGAGUUUCUGUUGAAAAAAAAAAGUACAUAAAGAAUGAGGAUAAGUUACAAAAUCAUUUUCACCUGAAAUUAUGUCAUCUUCCAUAAAGUUGUCAUUUGUUUUGCUUGCUCUUAAAUAACUCUAUAAAUGGUUUGGAGUAUUUUUUUUUUCAAAAGUUUUUCUCUUUGUUUUAUUACCUUUAUAUAAAUUUUAACUUAAAAUUAAGUUCUUUAAAAAAAAUUAAAUGUUUUCAGAACUAGUCAACAAUUGUCUUUCAAUAUUUAGAAAAUUGCAAAUUGUGUUUUUUUAUUUGUUUCAAUUGAUGUUAUUUUACCUGUAUAUAAAUUCAACUAAAUAGUUUUUAUAAAAUAAAAAUCAUUUCCAUUAA